AACCUCAUUUCAUUUCAGACUGCAGGACGAUUAACAUCCCUGUUCGUGUGUCAGUGUCCGAAAUCUUUCUAACAAAAUUGUAUACCAAGUAAGUUGUUCAAUUUACAUGGAUUUGGGCGAAGGAUUGCAUGAUUUUGUCGUUACAUCGAGUAUAAUCUUUGCAGUGGACAAAAAAUUUCUUAAUUUCACCACGAUCGAAGGAGAUGUAGGACGAAGAUUAGAUAAGAUGUUUGGCGUGAAACCUAGUUUCCUAAGAGUAGAACCAGGCCAUUGUUUAUUGCCACCCCAAUUCGUUUUUCAUGGGCUGAAUAUCAGGGAUAUGGAGAUCUAUGACGAUGAUGUAUGGAUGAUUUCAUAUCCGAGAACUGGUAGUCAUUGGGCACAGGAAAUGGUAUGGUGUAUCGCAAAUAACUUCGAUUACAAAAGUGCUGAAACUCUGUUUCUUUUACGUAACCCAUUGCUCGAAGCUUCGUCAUUGAUGGUCACAGGGGACUCUGUGGAAUGGUUUUCGAAGAUGGGUGAUUCGGUAAAAUACGUUAUGAAGAUGCAACGACCCAGAUACGUUAAAUCUCACCUCCCUUACGAUUUAUUGCCACAGCAAAUCCAUAAAAAGAAACCGAAAGUCAUCUACGUUGCUAGAAAUCCAAAGGAUACCUGCGUAAGCUUUUAUCAUUAUUGUAAGAAAUUUCAUAAUAUAGUGGGGAGCUUCGAAGAAUUUGCUGACUUGUUUUUAGAUGACAAUAUACCAUUGACUCCGUUUUGGAAUCACGUUUUGAAAUUCUGGGCUGUAAGAGAUCAAGAGAAUGUAUUAUUUUUAACGUAUGAAGGAAUGAAGAAGAAUCAAAAGGAAACGAUUAGGAGGACAGCAGAAUUUCUGGGGAAAACUGCGACAGAGGAACAAAUCGCUGAUCUUUGUGAGCACUUAAAGUUCACAAAGAUGGCAGCUAACCCCGCCAUAAAUAUGGAAUUAAUUGUUCCACAGAAGGACGUGCCAGAGAAUGACAAAUUUAUAAGAAAGGGCAGAGUCGGUGAUUGGAGAAACUACAUGUCCGAAGGACUGUCUCAAAGAUUCGAUGAAUGGACCGAAAUGCACUUGAGCGGAAGUGGCCUCGACUUCGACGAACAAACGGUUCUUUAUGAUGAGGACUGAAAAUUAUCUACUGAAGUGUGU